AUGAAUGGUUAUUCACUAUGGUAUUUACAUGGCGAAAAAUAUCCAACACUAGAGAUUGGUCGAUGUUCAAACCCUGAAACGGGUCAACACAUUGAUAACGAUUUUGGUGAUUAUCGUAGAUACGAGGAGAUGGUCAUCGAAAGCAUGCAUCAACCCGAGGCUUCUUAUUAUCAACAAAUAGCACACGACCCAAAUCUUGAAGACCAAAAUUUUUAUAAAAUUUUGAAACAAGCGAGUGAGCCUUUAUGGGAUGGGUGUACAAAAACUUCCACACUCCCCGCGACCACUAGAUUAUUGGACUGGAAAUCACAAUCUAAUGUUUCAGACACGUCAUUUGAUAAACUAUUUUCGAUUGUUAAAGACAUUCUACCAUUUGGCGAGAAGCUUCCUAACAGCCUCUACGAGACCAAGAAAAUGUUGAAGCCACUAAAAUUGCCUUUAGAAUGGAUUGAUGACAUGUUCGAUAUGAAACACAAUAUUAUUCAGACUAUGUGCAAGUUGGAGCAAAUAUACCCUCCGAGCUUCUUUCAUUCAAUGGAACACCUAGUCAUACAUUUAGCUGAUGAAGCUAUUAUUGGUGGUCCGGUAAUGUAUAAGACACCUGAUGGAAGUGCUAGACACUUAGAAGUUAUAACUAAUAAACCAUCGAGACAUGCUCAUUACUAUAAUGGGUAUCUUGUAAAUGGUUAUAAGUUUCACACUCAACAAUACAGUGAGGGUCGUGUGACGAAUAACUUUGGAGAUGAAGAACGAUUUGAGUCACCCCUUACUGUAACUCGUGCAGAACAAUUGUCCCUAGCCUCAACUACUAAUACGUAUGAGAAAAUAAUUGACGACAAGAAUGAGAGAAUUAGGGAGGAAGAUGAAGAAGUGGAAGAUUUUGAAGUCGAAGAUGAUGAAAACGAGUUGAUGUCGGGUAAUAGACGCAAGGAUAAAGACCACAAUAACAACUCUUUUUCUGGUAGUGCGAGGCAUAGGGUAAGGAGCGCAUCCCCUAAUUCUACCGAAGAGCCACAUUAUAGGACGACACUCGUACCGAUCGAUAUGCCGAUAGUGACAAGAGGUGCAGUCUCCAACAGUCAAGGUGCUAUCAGUCAGCAAACCGGUAUGGCUGAUCCUUUAGCAGACUUGGCCGGGAUUCUUCACCGUCAGGCUCAAGAGACGGGUCAUAUGCCUUAG